CAAUGUUAGAGCUAGUGGCCGUGAUAAAGUGAAAUAGCGACAAGUUGACCGAUUGUCCGUGUGAAAUAUGAACUUGGGUGCUUGGGUCGAGUUUGUCCCGAUUGCGAUCUUAAUAUGAAUCCUUGUUGUCGUGCCAUCAUCGUCACCAUUAGUGAAAUCAGGAUUUCGCAUCAAAUAAUAACGAUAUACCGGAUGGGAGGAUGAGAAGUAUAGCCGCUAUCUUGAUCGUAGGAUCGACAUUGUUCUUUCUGGCUUCAAUCGGCUUGACUGCCAAAGCAAUUGCAGAUCUAGCCUCAACAAUAACUCCAACCUCUUCGUCUAAUGGUGCGCAAUCUACGUCUUCCUCUAGUAACGGUCUAAUCGGAAGCGGUUCGAUCGACAGCUAUACAGGUACUACACCAACGGGAAGUUCGAGUAUAUUUGAUGGUUUUGCGACUCCGAUCAGCAGUAAUUCCAAUUUAAUCACCCCUUCUAGUAUCGUUUCGAGCACAAGCGCUGGCGCGAGUGCAAUUACGAAUCAAAAUCCCGCACCAACUUCAUUCGUUUCUCAGCUGAACCAAAAUGAAGAUGAUGUCCCUAGUGUGAAGGAUGUCUCAGCUGAUAAAUCAAAUGGAAUAGAAACAGGAAACCAGGAAACGGAAAACAAUAUCGAAGCUCCGCUGCAAAAUUUGCAUACAAGCGCUUACAGGAUCAAUGCCGUGAAGGAGUAUCAGGUCAACCAAGUGUCCGAUCAGCCAAUGAUUACGGCUAUCAGCUUUCCGGUACUGCGCAUCAUGCCUGUUCCAGCAAUACCAUCUCAAUCUAGUCUACAGAGGCGGUUGAUGCUGAGCUCGGACACCAACGAGACGAUUUCCUCUUCAAAUGGUGGUGACAUAGCAAAGCACCAUUCGAUCAUCUUGCUUGUUCUCUUUUCCAUACAAGAAGCAUUGUUGGGUGUCCUACUAGCUGGAGGCUUGGCAUAUCUGUGGCGUUACAACACAAUUGACUUUAAUGCCGAGUACAGAUCGAUUCUUAGUCGACAAGCAGAAACAAGAGAUACACACAGUCGUGACGAUGCACUUGUCGCGGCAAGAAAACGGACGACGCACAUACGGACGUACUUGAUCUUCUUUUGCGCUAUAUGUCUAUCCUUGCUGGCAUUCUUCGUUUCCUCGUUUGUUCUACUUGGGAUGUGGUUCACGGUAAAGGAUAACCUAACAAUCAUUACGAUCGCUUUGGAUGCUCUGACUUUCUUCUUCUUGGUAAUGAUCUGUGUUGCGAUGUUUUACGAUUUGAGGAGGAGUAAAAAAGAAGAGCAGUAUACCAUUUCAGAUGGAGUACAUGGAGCCGUUUUCAUGAAUGGCGAUACUCAACGAAUGAAACAUCUUGAGAGAGCACCUUCUGUUGUCUCAUCAAUCAAAAGCUUGUCAAGCUUCUCUACUCCACCAGGUUGGUCGCGUGAUCGGUUUCCAAGAAGAAGUGGGAAACAAAAAGGAGGCGACAGAAAGAAUGAAGGCCAGCUUCCCACACAAAUCGAGCAAAGACAAGAUGAAGAACGAUCAGACAUGCACGAUCAGCAGAUCUACAUAGCACAUUCGCAACAGCCGACAGAAAGCUACGAUCAACCUUUUGUGCCUGCACACCCUUUCCAGCCCGGAAUGAAUUCGGCACAAUAUGUCGGUCAGCCUCUCAGACGUCUUUCAGCCUUGCAAGAUACUUCACAUUAUCGAUCACAUCAAAGCGACAAUAUCAUCUCUCCUCCAAUCGGUACACCACCGCCGCAGCCAGGAAUGGAUAUCAAUGCAAGUUAUCCAAGUCACAUGCUUGCUUCUUUGCCUUCUCCUUCAUCUGCAGGUCAUCAAGACAUCCAUUUCUCGCAUCAAGCAGAAAACGAUGACGAAAAUGAUGAAGAUCGAGAAGAAUGGAUCGGGUCAAUCACUGAUGCGGGUAAAGAACAACAAAAAUCUUCAAACCAAAGAAGACAGCGGCGACCGUCACCGAACAAGAUUCCCAUACCUCCUAAGCCAUCGACUUCGUUACCUCACUCUCCCGUUUCUGAAUCACCUUCAAGUGUUUAUUCAGACGUUUUGCUUUCUCCCGGAACUUUGUGCGUUGCUGUGCCUAACAUACAUGGAGGCACAACGAUGAUGCCCGUCUCUGUCGGACAAUCACAUCAAACAACACUGUAA